GCGUCAGCCUUGUAUCUUGUACAGUCGGUAUUGUUACAAACAAGCAAUAUUCAGUGGUGACUACGUACAUGCCCUGAGAUAUACACUUUAUCAUUCAAGUAUCACAUAUCCUUUACUCUUCAUAGUGAUGAAUUCAUUUAGGUAAUCAACGUUUGCCUAAAUAAAUUACGAACCAACUCUGAAACUAUUUGCCGAGGCAACAGUCAUAGUUUCAUUUAUAGCAACGGUGAUGAUUAUGAAGUGAGAAUAAUCGCAUCUUGAAGUGAAAACAAGUGAAAGAGGACAGAGGAAAGAUAUCUAUGUUAACUGGCAAACAUCUAUCAAUGCGUGUAGCGCAUAAUUCUCUAAUAUUCAGGCAUUUCCCGACGACACUCGAGAUCAUCGUCACGAAGAUUUAUUUGAUCGAUAUAUGCAAUGAUUUGUCGUAAAACUGCCGCAUUUAUGCUUACAGAGGAAGUCCAAUGGUUGUAAAAGAAAAAGAAAAAAAAUAUGUGUGUUUCUAAAAAAAUACCAAUAAGAUAUAUUGAACAAUGAUUGCAAUUCGGUCACGAUAUGCAAUUUUAGAAACGUAUGAUUAGAAGAGUACAUGGACUCAAAAUGGCACGCAGGCGUAAAAGUGAAAUGAAAUCAUCUGUAAAGACAUCGCUUAAGUAUGUACCUGUACGAAAAUCUAGUAGACAAAUAGCCAAGAAACAAUUAGAAGAAAAAAAAGUUAAUGGAGAUGUUUUACAAAUAACUUACUCAAACGACUCGGAAGAUAGUAAAAGUACCGCUGAAUAUCAAAACCACGUGCUUCCAAAAAAGAGUCAAAAUUCUUUAAGGAAGCAUAAUAGGCAUAAAAACGUUUCUAAUAGCAAUGUACUUGUAAUCAACGAAGAAUGUUCGUAUUCCACGACAUCUCUGUAUAAAAAGGAUGCUAGUGAAAGUGAUAGUCAAGAUGGAGUAGACAUUAUAGUCAAUCAGUCUGAUAAACUCAGCCCUGAAGAUGUUCAGCAAGUAGUUGUUGGUAAUCCUAAUAAAGAAAUUGUAACUGAAUCUGAUUCUGCCGAAACUGAAAUAUGGCCAGAAGAUGUAAUAGAAGAAACUAUAAUAUGUGAGGAGAUGGAGGGUAAAGAAGAAGUUAAAAAUAGUGAUUACAAUUUAAAACAAAAUGAUAAUGUAGUAGUAACAGAAGUGUUAGUUGUAAACAAACCUGCUUUAGAAACAAAAAAUUUUGUAGAAUAUACUGUGAUACAGAAUGAGAAUGGUACGGAAUCGAUGUUAGUAGAAUCUGAUUCAAGAAACUCACCUAAUAAUGAAUGUUACUACAAUACAGAAAAAGAUGCAUGUAAUUUACAGAAAACUAAAAUGGAGAAUUCCAUGUCAGCCUUAUACAUAGAUGUGCCAAUGACGUCUAACGACAGAAAUGACAAAUCAUUUAAUUUAGAAAAAUCAUAUACUCAUAGCAAAGACAUAAUUAAUGAUCAAGAAGACUUAUAUACAAAUAAAGAUGCGUAUACAAGAAGGUUGCAAGAAUCUUUAUCUAGAGAUAAUGUGUUUUGUAAAAUAGAUAACAAAUUAGCAGUUAUGCAAAUUAGUGAACCUUCAAAAGAAAUAGAAAAGUUAGUUAAUGAUUUAUCCAAUAUGGAAAACAUAAUGUCUCCAUUACAAAUUGCUGGUAAUACUGAGAAGAUAAUACCAAUGAGUAUUGAUGAUGAAAGUAGUUCUUCAAUAUUGGAUAAAAUGGAACAAUUGCACCAAUCGAACAACUCUGCUGAUAAUAUAGAAAAAACUGUUACAGAAUUAAAUAAUGAUUCCUGUAACGGCAAGGUAGAGUGUGAAAAUCAGCAUUUACUAAAAUCAAAAGUAUUAUCAGAUAAAAAAAAUGGAAAUCAACGAAAAACAGUAAAUUUCCAACAAAUUAAUGAGGAACUGUAUGGUGACAAUGAAGUGGACAGCAAAAUUGAUGGGGAAGAUACAAAAUUAUCUAGUAGCAGUGAUAAUAGCAACGAUACACUAUUAUCUAUGAACAAUUGUAAAUUAACAGAAUUUGAUACAAAAUGUAAUAAUAACACAAAUGAUAUUGAUAAAAAGGUUGAAUUUAGAAGUAGAAGUGGUAGCACUGACACAACAGGUUCAGAAAGCGGAUCAAAUAGUUCUGGCGUAAGGAGAAGUAGUAGAAUUAGAUCAAUUGGUCUAAUGAAACAAAGGUCAUGUGGUCGUGGAUUAGUUACAAAACCUAAUUUAGAUAGUUCAAAAACAAAUGUUCAGCAAGAAAGAGAAAAAAUAGCGAAUAACGUUGUUUCAAUUGCUCAAGAAAUGAAAAUAGAUAAUCCACCCGAAUCUCAAUUAGAUAAAGAAAAUAACGUCAAUAAGACAGUGAAUACGUUUGAGUCCCUUACACUGAUAGCAACUUGUAAUACCACAGGCUAUGAUUCAGAUUCCUCUAAACCUGUUAAAGUGAAAUCUCGUUGGCGAAGAUCAAGUGAACUUGAAAUGGGUGGAUCGAAUACAGGAAUUGUAUCUACAUCAGCAGUUGUAUUUGGAAAUAUAACAGCGAAUACAUCUGAAUCUGGAUCAUAUUCAGCUAUUAAAUUCACAAGUGGAGCUUCAACAGAUAUUAAUAUUUCAGAUUCUAUAUCUGGGUUAACAUCAAUUACAAAUAUUCAAUCUAAUACAGAUAUAGAACAGACGAAAGAAGUAACGACGUCUGUGAACAAUAAUAAUAUCGUGCAAAUUCCGAAAACUGUGGGUGCAAGAAUUGCGUUACCUAUGGUUCCUGAAAUAGAGGACAGAGAAAUGGAAGAAAGACUAAGUCAAUUUGAAUAUUUACGUGAAAAUUUAUAUUUAACAGAAAGAUACACAAAUAAAGAAACAAAGAGAAUGGUGUGUGAUUGCUUUUUAACAGAAGAAGAAAUUGAAAGGGGCGAAUUAGGUUGCGGGGAAGAUUGUCUAAAUAGACUUCUUAUGAUAGAGUGUGGGCCUCGAUGUGUAGUAGGUGAUCGUUGCACGAAUAAAAGAUUUCAAAACUGUGAAUAUGCAAAAUGCGAAGUAUUCAGAACGGAAAAAAAGGGAUUUGGUUUACGAGCUGUGGUUGAUUUAUUGGCAGGAGAAUUUAUAAUGGAAUAUGUAGGUGAAGUGGUUGACCCAAAAGAUUUUCGACGCAGAGCAAAAGAAUAUUCAAAAGACAAAAAUAAACAUUAUUAUUUUAUGGCAUUAAAGUCUGAUCAAAUCAUAGAUGCUACUAUGAAAGGAAACAUUUCUCGAUUUAUAAAUCACAGUUGCGAUCCAAAUUCUGAAACUCAAAAGUGGACAGUGAAUGGUGAAUUGAGAAUUGGCUUUUUUAAUAGAAAAUUUAUAGCUGCUGGCGAAGAAAUUACAUUUGACUAUCAUUUUCAACGUUAUGGCAAAGAGGCACAGAAGUGUUUUUGUGAAGCACCCAAUUGUCGCGGUUGGAUCGGUGAAACACCGGAGGAAGAAAAAGAAAAGAUUGAAAAGAAAGAAAAACGUGAAAAAGAUAUGAAGAAGAAGAAAGAUGAAAAGAAACCAACUGAUUAUAUGGAAGAUGAAGAUUUGGAGGAAGAAAUAGAUAAACUAUGCUCAGGUGGCUUGAAAAAUAGAGCUCAUACAUUAACAUUAAGUAGAUUAAUGGUACGUAGCAGAGAAUUAGAACACAGAACGCGGCUUUUACGUCUCAUACAAAGCGGGGAACAGCCAUGUCGAAGAUUAUUUUUGGAUUAUCACGGUUUACGUUUGAUUUGGAGUUAUGUUAUGGAUAUUUCCACUAAUGAUUCUGACGAGGCGCAACAGUUCCGUCUAGAAGUUUUGAAAACCCUAAAUACACUUCCAAUUCCUAAUAAAACCAUGUUGAUGGAUAGUAAAAUUUACAAUGUGGUAGAAAAAUGGUCGAAACGAUUGUAUUUCUCUUUGAGCGGGGAUUCUCCGGAAGAUGAUCAAGGAAAAUUGAAGUCAAAUAACGAUGAAUUACCAGUUAACUGUGAGGGCAAUGAAAAGAGAAACUCUUACUCAUUGACUGCAGACACAGAGAAACAAGAAAAUAAUAUUGAAAUUACUGACAUAAAAUCUGAUGAUAUAGAUCAAAAUCUUAUUCCUGAAUUAGCUUUGAGUCUUUUAGCUGAGUGGUCAAAUUUAAAAGAAGUUUUCCGUAUACCGAAAAAAGAAAGGAUUGAACAAAUGAAAGAACAUGAGAGAGAAGCAGAUCGUGGCUAUAGAGAAGAAUUAGAAAAAGAAGAAAAAAGGGGAACAUCGUAUGACAGGCAUAGAUCUGACAGAUAUGGAAGGAACGAAAUGGAAAAACGUGGAGAUAGAAGACGAGGGCGAGAAUCUCCAGAAUCUGAGCACACUCGAACAAAAGAUAAGAGAAUAGAGGAAAGGAGUAGCUUAGUUCCAAUUCCACGAAUGACAAAAUACGAACGCCGACAAUUAUUUGCUUUGAAAGUAGCAAAGGAAGAAGAAGAGCGGCAACGUCGCCAACAACAAGAAUCGUGGCAAGAUCAUGAAACUAGAUGUAUAGCAUUAGGCAUAGACCCCCAUACCACGGCUAUGGUAGAUCCACAAACGGGAUAUCCUGUCUUUUACAAUCCGACAAUUGGACAGUGGCAACAGUAUCCUACACAAGAUGGAGAAAUAAAUCAGCAAUGCACUUCAGUAUACGUAAGUGGACCACAGACAGUGUCUGGUCAUACACAAUCCGGGAUAGUAUCGCAAAAUGUUCUACCGUCAUCAAUUUCUUCUGAAAUAUCACCUGGAAUGUCGAGUAACAUACCUUCGGGUGUACCUCCAGUGGUGUACACGUUAAGUCAAACGCCUGUAUUUAAUCAAAGUACAACAUCUUAUUCUUUACUAUCCCAUUGUCAUCAGCAAUAUCCUGAAGGGCAACUACCGACAAUUUCGAGUACUUUAGUUUCCAGUGGAACAUCAGUUCCACUUCAAACCGAAUCUCUUUACGAGCACAUAGAAAAACAGUCAGACCAACAGUUUCCUGCAACGUUCAGACAACCUGAAGUACCUCCUAUAGACUUACCACCAAAAUGGAAAAGUGCGACUGAUAAUAGAGGCAGGACUUACUAUUAUCAUGUAAAAGAACGGAUAUCGCAAUGGUUACCUCCUCCGCCAGAUCAUAUAGGAGUUCAACCGGAUUCAUCGUCGACCUCGGAAUCCAGCGAAGAAUCUAGCUCGUCAAACGAAGAAGACGAAGAGAUUGACGAAGACAAUAACGAAGAAUCGAAAAACGAGGAGUUACAUUUAGACAACACUUUGAUAGAAAAACCGUUGAAUGUCUCUAGGCAUAAUGUAGCUAAAAAAAGUUCCGUUCAUAAUGUAACCGGAAGUUCAUCAGCACUUGUGUCAGAAAGUAAAAAAAGAAGAGAGGGUUUGGUUCAAGAAAGAAUUAUCAGCCCACGUCGAGAAGAAGACCGUAUGGAUCACAAAACGCACAAGGGAAUAAAGGAGAAAUUACGGCGUCAGAAAGAAAGAGCCAAAUUUAAAGAAUACAUUGAAAAAAUACGAAGACAUCGACGUAGUAACAAAUCUAAAUCGCAUUCACGACAUAGUUUAAACAAAUUGCAAUUACCCUCGUCUGACUUAUCCACAAUGUCGGAAAGAAAGAUUAAAGAUACUUUUAGAAUAAAUAUGGCAAACGUCAUGGUACAUUUUUUGAAUCCGUAUAGGAAAAACGAUUGUAAACAAGGUAGAAUAACAAAUACGGAAGAUUUUAAACAUCUUGCUAGAAAGCUUACACAUUUUGUACUCGCGAAAGAAUUGAAACAUUGUAAAAGCGUUGAUGAAUUACAAUGUAACGAGAAUGUUAAACAUAAAGCUAAAGAUUUUGUACGUAAGUAUAUGAGUAAAUUUGGCGCUGUGUAUCAGAAAAGUACUGACGAAGAUUAAUUAUCUAACUUAUGAUAUAUAAAAUUGUUAUUUAUUAUACAACUUCUUCACUUUGAAAAUUGUAAUAUAUCUACUAAAAAAAAAUAUAUAUAUAUCUAAGUAUAAUAUGCCUGUAUGUAGAUAUAUAUCUGUAAUUACUAUUGUUGUAAUAUAGAUGAAUUUGUACAUGCUUCA